CGGGCCUCGGCGGCGGCUGUGGCUACGGCGGCGGCGGCUCUUCGGCCUCAGCCCAGUGCCCUCGGCGGCCCCAGGCCCUGGUCCGCAGCGCCGCUCACCCUCGUCGCCCUAGCACUGGCCUAGGCCGCGGCCACAGCCCCGGGCUCGCAUCGGCGCCGCCCGCUCCCGGCCCGCUCCCUAUGGGCCCCGGUUAGAGGCGCCGCCGCCGCCGCCGGCCCGCGGAGCCCCGAUGCUGGCCCGUAGGAAGCCGGUGCUGCCGGCGCUCACCAUCAACCCCGCCAUCGCCGAAGGCCCGUCCCCCACCAGCGAGGGCGCCUCCGAAGCCAACUUGGUGGACCUCCAGAAGAAGCUAGAGGAGCUAGAACUCGAUGAGCAGCAGAAAAAGCGGCUGGAAGCCUUCCUCACCCAGAAGGCCAAGGUCGGGGAGCUCAAGGAUGAUGACUUUGAGCGGAUCUCAGAGCUGGGAGCCGGGAACGGCGGGGUGGUCACCAAGGUCCAGCAUAGACCUUCGGGCCUCAUCAUGGCAAGGAAGUUGAUUCACCUGGAGAUCAAGCCGGCCAUCCGGAACCAGAUCAUCCGAGAGCUACAGGUGCUGCAUGAGUGUAACUCGCCGUACAUCGUGGGCUUCUACGGGGCCUUCUACAGCGACGGGGAGAUCAGCAUCUGCAUGGAGCACAUGGAUGGCGGCUCUCUGGACCAGGUGUUGAAAGAAGCCAAGAGAAUUCCUGAGGAGAUCCUGGGCAAGGUCAGCAUCGCGGUCCUGCGGGGCUUGGCGUAUCUCCGGGAAAAGCACCAGAUUAUGCACCGAGACGUGAAACCGUCGAACAUCCUCGUCAACUCCCGAGGGGAGAUCAAGCUGUGCGAUUUUGGGGUGAGCGGGCAACUCAUUGACUCGAUGGCCAACUCCUUCGUGGGAACGCGGUCCUACAUGUCUCCAGAGCGGUUGCAAGGUACUCACUACUCCGUGCAGUCAGACAUCUGGAGCAUGGGCCUGUCCCUGGUGGAGCUGUCCAUCGGAAGGUACCCCAUCCCCCCACCAGACGCCAAGGAGCUGGAGGCCAUAUUUGGCCGGCCCAUGGUCGAUGGGGCGGAAGGAGAGCCACACAGCAUCUCGCCACGGCCGAGACCCCCCGGACGCCCCAUCAGCGGUCACGGGAUGGACAGCCGGCCGGCCAUGGCUAUCUUCGAGCUGCUGGACUAUAUUGUGAACGAGCCACCUCCCAAGCUGCCCAGCGGCGUUUUCACCCAGGACUUCCAGGAGUUUGUAAAUAAAUGCCUAAUUAAGAACCCAGCAGAGCGAGCCGAUCUGAAGAUGCUCAUGAACCAUACCUUCAUCAAACGGUCCGAAGUGGAAGAAGUCGAUUUUGCCGGCUGGUUGUGUAAAACGCUGCGGCUGAACCAGCCCAGCACGCCCACACGCACUGCCAUGUGACGCCGGGUGGCAGGGUCCAGCAGGUGGCCUGCUCGUGCCGCGCCCCUCCUGCCAGGACAGACCAGCUCUCCCCCACCCCUCGCCGUCCCCCCCAUCCUCUGCGGAGCGGCGUGCGCUUGUCUGAACAUUGAACGUCCUCACGCCUGUGGCAGCCAGCAUGGCCCUCUGGUCUCAGGAAGGGUGACACGGCUGUAUUGUGUUCUCAGAACCUGCUUACUUAGGUUUAAAAAACCCAAACAAAACCGCGAAAGAGAAGCAAACAUGUCCAUCAUA